UCUCUUUAAUAAAGAAACUUCUUUCAAUUUUUGAAUUGAACCAAAAAGGAAAAUUAAGCACAGUUAAAACUUAAACCCAUUAUACAUAACUUCUCCUUGGAGGCAACUCUUACUUGUUUCAUGAGUUUUUCCCAAACCAUCUCUUUCUCUGCACUCAAAGAACAACACUCUUAGUAAAACCCUGCUUCAACCGCCACCAUCCCCACUCUCUCAAACAAUCUAAAACAUGUCAAUGUCCUCUCAACCCCAACAACCUGCAGUUGGCGGCGUCGUUUACCCAAACACAGUCACAAGACCGCCGCCCAAUUCCCCUGCAUCUCCCUCGUCGGAUGGAUCGUUUGGGACGGUGUUCAUCAUCCUGGCUGUUAUUGUUGUUAUAUCAGCUGUAGCUUGUUGUCUUGGGCGUCUCUGCAACCGACGCCAUCCCAAACAUAAACCCCACAAACAAAGCCACAACUCUUACCCACAAGAAGGCCAAGUGGGGAACAUGGAGUUCCAUAAGCAGCAAAGCCACGGCUUUCGUCCCAGAGAAAGGGAAAGAGACAUAGAGUUUGGGUUCGAUAAAAAUAUUGCAGCUUCGAAACCUGCUGGGAAUGGACAAACCAGAGGUUUCAAACAGUUUGGAAAUGGAGACAUCAAGUUUGAACCCAAGCUUGGAGGUGUAUAAUGGAGUCAUGAGGAGCUAGCUUGGGUAACUGUGAUGGUGUCAAGUUCCAUUUAAACUCCUCAGAUCAAACGUAGUUAUUGUAUAACUAUUUCUCUUUGUAUUAUGCAAUUAUUUAUUAAUUAUGAAUUGAUUACUGCGUAUUUCCAA